AUGCGUCUUCGCGCAUAUGAACAGUUCUUGACCCCGUACAAAACUGUGCGAAUAGACAUGAUGGCUAAAGACUUCGGCGUUUCGCGCACUUUCAUUGAUAAAGAGCUACAUCGAUUGAUUGCAGCUGGACAACUUCAUUGCAGGCAAGCUUUUCAUUGA